UUCGUCCUACACUGAAACCUUGGCUAUUUUACGUGCAAAAUCAGUGAAAUUUCUACGAUUGCUACUUGCAUGUUCCGCUAAUUUGCAUGCUUUAAUUGAUCGUUUGUUGUGUGGAAAAAUUUCAACCGUAUCGUGAUUGAUAACCGCAUAAACGGAGAGGUUUUGCCGUCUGUGUCGUGUGUCUGCAUCGUGGCAUGCGUAUCCGUGUGUUUGCUUUUUUUGAACAAAUUCUGCCGUCAAAUUGACAGUGAAGAUUUCCUCCCCGCAAUACCCGGGCAGCUUGCCUUGCGCACGGUUCAGCAUUCGUUCCUCGGCUCGACCACCGACGGCAGUGUGUUUUAACCUUUCUGACAUUGAAAAUUGUAUCACUCCUCUGCUGGGAGUCGGGGCCGAUUAACGCGCGUUCAGCUGCUCGGAGCGAACUGUACCGUUCGGUGAAAGUUUUUCCAUUUUCCCAAUACGAGGGAAAACCCCAGUCAGAAAUCGGAUUCCAGAAGUUGGUGGUGGUGUGGUGUGAACUGUACCAGAAAUCCCAGUGUGGUGUGCAUCUUUUUAGCGUUACUUUAGUCUAAUUCGUAUUACUUAUUGACACGGGUGUAUCGGAAAUCGAAGCAACCCUUCGCCGUCGUCACCGCCGUCCUCGUCAUCUUCAUCGGCGGAAUCUGCAUCAGCGCAGGCCGGUGCGGAUUGCGACGUUCCCAGCAGCACCUGUUAUCCUUGGCAUGCCGAUAGUGCCACCUGUGAGCGGUUCUUUCACUGCCUAGACCGAUACCGUCUGACGUACUGUGAGCCAAAGCGAAAAAUAAGCCUCAAAAAAAGAAUGGCCAAGGACGAGGAGGACGAUCUGCUGCCCGACAAGGAUGCCGCUAAAGGAUUCUACGCCAAAUACGAACCGAAGGAAAUCCUCGGCAGAGGCAUCAGCUCCACGGUACGACGAUGCAUCGAAAAGGAAACGGGCAAAGAGUUUGCGGCGAAGAUCAUCGAUCUCGGUGCGGCUGAAACGGGUGACUCGAACCACAUGCUGGAGGCGACGCGGCAAGAAAUUCAGAUCCUCCGGCAGGUCAUGGGUCACAAAUUUAUUAUCGAACUCCAGGAUGUGUUCGAAUCAGAUGCGUUUAUUUUCCUCGUCUUCGAGUUGUGCCGGCAGGGCGAGCUGUUCGACUAUCUGACGUCGGUAGUGACGCUAUCGGAGAAAAAGUCUCGCUACAUCAUGCGCCAGAUAUUCGAAGGUGUCGACUACAUUCAUUCGAAGAACAUUGUGCACCGCGACCUGAAGCCGGAAAACAUUCUGCUCGACGACAACCUCAACGUGAAGAUUACUGAUUUUGGAUUCGCCCGCGUACUGAAGGAGGGUGAAAAGUUGUAUGAUCUCUGCGGCACUCCGGGUUAUCUGGCGCCGGAAACGUUAAAAUGCAACAUGUUUGAGGAUGCCCCAGGUUAUUCUAAGGAAGUUGACAUUUGGGCGUGUGGUGUUAUCAUGUUUACACUGCUGGUAGGUUGCCCACCGUUCUGGCACCGGAAACAGAUGGUCAUGCUGCGUAAUAUCAUGGAAGGCAAAUACAGCUUCACGUCCCCUGAGUGGGCUGACAUUUCCGAGGAUCCAAAGGACUUAAUCCGCAAAUGUUUAGUCGUCGAUCCGACGAAGCGAAUCACGGUCACGGAAGCAUUGAAACAUCCCUUCUUCAACACAGUACUUUUCGAGCAAGACAUUGGACCUCUGAAGCGCAGCCUUUCGGUUAAAUCGAGACGCUUCAGUCGCAUUGCUGAUCUGGCACUGUUACGCAAACAAAGCCAGUUCAACGCUAGGAAAAAGUUUCAGUUUGCUAUACUAUGUGUACGCGCAAUGAUUCGCAUCAAGAGGCUACGGUACACGCCGGAACCGCUCCGCGUCGAGGACGCACUGAGAGACCCGUACCGCGUGAAGGUUCUGCGCAAGGUCAUCGAUGGCUGUGCAUUUCGGGUGUACGGUCACUGGGUCAAGAAGGGCGAGGGCCAGAAUCGGGCUGCCCUGUUCGAGAAUACGCCUCGAUGCGAGGUUUAUAAUCUUUAUAUCAACAGCCUUAAUCGAUAAGCUGUAGCAGCAACACUGGGAGAGGAACUUUCAGGAUGCGCAGCGCGUGUGACGAAGUGCUGUGACGACGAUGGAAUCGAGGAACAUGCUACGCCGUAGAGAGCGGAGGCCGUCCUCAUAUCCGGGUGAUGCCAAGAAAACAAAAACACAGGCUCCUGUGGAAAAGGGGAACCGUUAAUAAAACUAAACUCUUCGAUAAGCAAUCGUAAACUAACAUCAUCACCCACAUUUAGGUGUAAUGUCCGUGACCGGGAUGCGUGACGCCACACCGUUGCAGGUACUGGCGGCCCUAUGUACACGCGGUACUUUCCUUUCCUUGCUCACACCUGCCACAACAACUCCCUUCACCGGUCCUACAUGUUUCGUUCGAUGCUCCCUACCGUCGCGUUACCGUAAGUGCACUUUUCGUUCGAAAACGAGCAAGUAAAUUUGUGUCUCUGUUAACAGAAUGAUGCUAGGAUUGGCACUGUCCAAAUGUGCCCGGGGGAAGAUUCGGGGUAUUGAGGGUUGAAAUGUAACAGGGAGCUUUUCCUUUUCGUGAUCGUGAUGCAAUAAGAGAGGCAACGAAUAGGAGAGAGCUGCCUCUGAUGACGAUAUUGAUUUUCAUCCACCAUUUCAUUUUAUACACUAUCCUUUAGGUAG